AAUUAUCUACUAACUAAUUUAUUGUAUACUAGCUAGUGUUUAUACUUUAUAGUUUUUUUACUUUUAACAAAAAACUUUGUUCACUCAAUUUAGUAGUUAUUUGUUUAGUAAAACCAGUUUUAUACAUUUAUACAAGUUAUUAUUAUCAAAAUGUGGAAUGACCAAUCAGUUGCUGGUGGUGGAUUCUUUAAUUCACCAAAUCAAUUUGGAAAUGUCACCACACCAAACCAAGGACAGAACAAAACGGGAAGAAGAGCUUCUCGCACUGCUCCAAUUGUAAUAAAACAAGCUUUACAUUCCGGAGACGAAGGCAUAAAGAUUUGGGGAACAGAAAUACAAAUUGUAUCACUUGUCGCUAGAGUCAAAAAUAUAAGAGUUCAAAGUACUAAAAUAACGUACACUAUACAAGACAUAACAGGUAGAAUGAGAGCAGUUCUAUGGUUAGAACAAGAUGCUAUGGAUGAAGAUGCUGAUACAUCCAUGCCAAAAAUUGAAGUUAAUGAUUACAUACAAGUUUAUGGAAAUGUAAAAACCAAUAAAGGCAAAAAAGUUGUAAUGGCUUUUAAAAUCAUGCCAGUUGCUGAUGUGAAUGCUAUUACGUUCCAUUAUUUGCAAUGUAUCAAUAAUAAAUUAAAAAUGGAAGCUGAUUCUAAGAAGACAAAACCAAAUGAGGAUUCAACAUUUACCAGUGGAUUGCCGGCCAAUUCCAUGGUUGGUAUCGAUGAUAAUGCUUCAGUAAAUGGACUAAAUGCAAGGCAAAUGAUGGUCUAUAAUCUAAUUCGUGCUUCUACACUUGAACAAGGCAUAAGUAAGCAGGACAUUUAUGCCAGCUUGAAAGAUCGGAUGUCUAAUGUGGAAUUCGGAAAUAUCCUAGAAUGGAUGUGGGGUGAAGGACACAUAUAUUCAACAAUUGAUGAAGAACAUUUUCGUGCUACUGAUGCGUGCUUCUAAAUAUAUCCAAUGAAACUAAUGUUAAGAAAAAUAUGAUUUAAUUUUUGUAUCUUAAAUAAAAUAAAUAUAUUUGCAAAAA